AUGGAGAGAACUUGUAGCUUGCUUUACAAAGCUGCAUACGAAGGUAAUGUGACCACUUUACGAGAACUUGUUCAACAAGACAGAUUGAUUCUCGACAGACUAAUCGUCAUCAACAACAAUGGUUUCUCUGAGACGCCUCUUCAUGUGGCGGCUAUGCUCGGUCAUGUAGAAUUCGUGAAAGAGAUCAUAAUUCACAAGCCUGAACUGGCCAAGGAACUCGACAAUCAACAUUUCACACCACUCCACCUAGCCUCAGCUAAGGGCCACCUGGAGACGGUCAAAGUACUACUGUCAGCUGUUGAUGACCAUGACCUUUGGUGUUAUGCUUGGGAUGGAGAAGGGAGAAACCCUCUCCACCUUGCAGCCAUGAGAGGGCGUCUAGAUGUGUUGAGAGAGUUGCUUAGAGUGGCUCCUCAAGCGGCUCGAGUCAACUUGAAUGGUCGAACCGAGACUAUUUUGCAUGUUUGUGUGAGGCAUAAUCAAUUGGAAGCUCUAAAGUUUUUGAUGAAUGUUGUGGAUGAUUACGAGUUUGUGAAUGCUAAAGAUGAUUAUGGCAUGACUGUUUUGCAUUUAGCAGUGGCUCAUAAACACAUUGAGAUGGUAAAAUUUUUGCUAACAAAUACUAAAAUCGAAGUCAACGCCGUUAAUGCAAAUAAGUUCACAGCAUUGGACAUUUUAGCACAAAGUCAAAGAACCGAGAAAGACUUCGACAUUUUAGAGUCUCUUCGAUAUGCAGGAGCUUCACGAACCAUAGAUCAACCACCCUUAUUAGCCACACAAACACAAAGGACAAUUAAUCAAACACAUCGUGUUCAUCAUCUCACACAAAACUCUCAAGAAAACAAAACAAGAAAGCCAGAUAUCUCAUGGCUAAGCAGAAAGCGAGAGUCACUAAUGGUGGUGGCGUCCCUUAUUGCCACCAUGGCUUUCCAGGCCGGAACAACUCCUCCAGGUGGUCUCUGGCAAGAUAACUCCUCCUCCACCACGGCGGCGAACUCUCCUUCUAAUGAUCACUUAGCCGGACAGUCGGUAAUGGCUUAUAAUGACAGUGAUUUUUUGUACCAUUCUUACCUGAUUUCUAACACUGUGGGGUUUGUUGGAUCACUGAGCAUAAUCUUGCUACUCGUUACUGGGUUGCCCUUUUGCCAGAGAUUCUUGAUGUGGGUCUCGACGAUAAUUUUGUGGGUGACUUUAACAGCUGUGACUGCUACUUACACCAUUGCCAUUUCGAUUGCUGCUCCACACAAUGAUACGAACAUUGUUAGUCAUGUGUUAUUGUACUUCAUACUAAGCUGGGCUGGAGUGAUGGUUGUGGUUGCACUGCUCCAUGUGAUCAAUAUUGUCAUAAAGAUUUUGAAAUGGUUGGCAAAUAUUACCAUGGUUAGAAGGAAGAAAUUUGUUUGUGAUGAUGGGGCAGCAUCACUUUGAUAUUGGUA